AUGAUGGAAGACUACGUGAGCGAAUCCGACAGCGACUACACGAGCUACUGGCGCGACUGGUUCAUUUCAUCCCGGGGGAACGAGUACUUUUGCGAAAUCGACGAGGACUACCUGACGGAUCGGUUCAACCUGACAGGCUUGAAUACCGAAGUACAAUACUACCAGUAUGCGUUGGACCUGGUGACGGAUGUCUUUGACCUCGACUGCGACGAUGACAUGAGGGAAACGAUUGAAAAGUCGGCGAGACACUUGUACGGCCUGGUUCAUGCAAGAUACAUUGUCACAACCAGGGGACUGACCAAGAUGCUGGACAAGUUCAAGAAAGCCGAGUUUGGGAAAUGCCCCCGCGUCAACUGCCGCUCCCACCCCCUCCUGCCCAUGGGCCUAAGCGACGUGGCCAACGUGCGCCCCGUGAAGCUGUACUGCGCCUGCUGCGAGGACAUCUACAACCCCAAGUCGUCGCGGCACGCCACCAUCGACGGCGCCUACUUCGGCACGUCGUUCCACAACAUCAUGUUCCAGGUGUACCCGUCGCUGCUCCCCUCCAAGAGCACGGAGCGCUACAUCCCCCGCGUGUACGGCUUCAAGGUCCACUCGUCGGCGGCCCUGGUGCGCUGGCAGAACGUCAAGAGGGACGAGAUGCGCAGGAGGCUGAGGAAGCUGGAGAUCGACUCGGGCUUCAGAGACGCCGAGGGCGGCGGCGGCGGCGACGACGACGACGACGACGACGACGACGAUUUGGAGUUUGAAGAGGUGGAUGGGACGCCGGGCGUGAUACCCAUCUGA